GUUUUAUGUGUAGUUUAAUGUCAUUCUGUGAGCUACGCCACUAGCGUGUGGCUAAUGGCGUCCGCUAGCUUCUUUAGCGCAGGCUGUUGUCCCUGAAUAAUGUAGGGCUCUACCAUGUUACCAUGUGUAUGACUCCCUUGCACUAGUUUGGCUUACAUUUCAAGUUUAUUCUGUUUGUAUAAAUAUGUGAAAUGCUGGUCUGAGGUCAUAAUUGUUCAUAUUAUUUAAAUGCUAAAGCGCUAAUGCUAUGCUAAUAGUGUGCCUGUACAACAUAGCAAUGUUAAAGUGAGUACAGUCGACCGGGUUGUGUGUGUGUUAUCUGUAAUCACUGUAUUAUAUACUGUAAAUGAAAAAGGCUUUAAUCCUUCAUCAAAGUCAUAAUAUGGCAUGUGGAUUUAUGUCCAUUUUUUAUUAGAGACACAUAUGUCAUACGGUUAUUUUGAUUUGCUAAAUGUAUGUUUACAUUCUCAGUUAGCUUCAGGCCUCACUGAGGCGAAGUAUUGAGGUAGAAAGCUGGUGAAGCCAUUUCCUGCUGUCAUUAUAUUCUGUUUGCACAGAUAAUAAACCUGGUUGACAAGAAGGAAGUCGUUUUCAUUCGACACAACGCAGAGAUACAUGUGGCGUCAAUCCAGACCGGUUACACAAAGAAUGAUAAAUAGAGAAAACAGAUAUAAUUUGCUUAUUAUCUGAUUACCAGCUCUGCACAGCGGACUUGUAACACUAGCAGCAGUGGAGAUGGAGCAUCAGAACCUGGAGGCUUCUACUCUCCUGAAGAAGAAGAAUACAGCAACAAGGAUCCAUUUGAAGAUAGGUAAAUAUUUCACAGCUGCCUGGGCCUAGCAGCAAGAACCUCCACCUGUCCCUGCCCCCAGGUCAAGAUCUACCGUGGCUCAAGGGCCUUCACCGCAAAGGACCAGAGGACCAUCAUCACUACAGUGGCCUCCAUCUCCAUCUGCCACAAGAUUAAGAUACAUCUCGGGACAAAGGCCUCCACCACAGCCAUCACGAUCAACCCAGCCAGCAAAGAAGUCUCGCCUAGCACCGCCUCGGUGAGACUCCAGAAAGCAUGGAGCAAGAGACAAUUUCCCUUUUGGCUGAACAACAGAAAAGAAACAACCGGCAAUCAAUAAAAGAAAAAGAUGGCGAAGGCGUUUGGAUACCGAAGACAAGAAAUAGUGCAGCGGAGGCCAAGCAUUGAAGGCCUCUUGGAGCGGUGGCCUGCACUUUUUCACAUGGAAGAGGUAAAUGCUGAGUUAAUGCGCAUAACAACAUUUCCAUUGGAGACAAAGUUCUUGGCGCAGUUGGACAAACACUCUACCAAACUACUGCAGGUCAUCAGGAGCAGGGGAGGAGUUGUGAAACAGAAGACCACCGGGAUCUUGCAGGUUUUGGAUGAGACUGUGGACAUCGCCAUCAGAAGAGAAUGCAUCCUCAAAUCUCUAAUGAUCUACCUGGGUGAACCUGUUGACCAUCUCAUCAAAGAAUUCCAGGACGCUGAGGCUGGAGAACUGGAGCAGGCAACAAUGGAAGCCUUUGACACUGGGAAAGAGGAUCAGUUUCAUCGACCCAAAGACGUCAAGGUUCUCAUCGAAGGAACAGAGGUCCUCAGCGGCUUGCCCUCGGUUGCGACAGCUUUUGCCAUGCUCUUCGGGCUCAUAUACGCACUGAAAUGGGGCGAAGCCUGCGAGCUAGUUCAGGCAGUCAACUCGAGCACUUAUGCUGCAUUCAUACAUAACGCCCCCUUGCCACUCUACAACCAACCAAACAGAGUCUCCUUAAUAUGCCGCUCUAUUUAACCUGCCAUAUCUCUCUCCAUGCAUUGCUUGCUGCUGCUAUUGCUGCAGCUACCUCUACGUCGCUGCUGCUUGCCUGCCCC